CGAGGCGGGCGGAGACGGAGGCCUACGCGAUCACGAGCCGCCAGCUAUCAUGGUGUACGGCCCCAGCCAGCAGGUGGUCACCAACGACCUAAAGAGCCUCGACGAGAUGGUGCGUGAUCCUGGUGGCUCGCUGCACGUGUCCCAGCCAGUUUCCCAUGAUCCGAGUCUCCGAGGGCAAGUACAGGAUCGGCGACAGCAAAACGCUCAUCUUCGUGAGGAUCCUGCGGAACCAUGUGAUGGUUCGCGUCGGGGGCGGCUGGGACACGCUGCAGCAUUACCUGGACAAGCACGACCCGUGCAGGUGUAAGGCCGGUCAUCGCGCGACAGUGUCAUCGAAGCUGUUCAUGAAGUCGAGCCCGGGGGAGGGCGACCGCCAGUUGUCCGGGGUCACAUACGAACGGAGCGGUGACGCCGACGGCGGCUCGCCGGCCCGCCAGCCCGCACGGAACCGCUCGCCGUCCGCCAAGCGUCCCUCGCUGCUGCAGUCCGAGGGCCGGCCGCACGACGACGGCUCGGCCGAGUCUGGCUACGAGCCCUCCGACGACGACCCGCGCUCGCCCGGCGACACGCCGACAGGUCCGCCCGGCUGGAGCCCCUCCGCCAGCGACUAUGUGGAGCGUGUGGCGCCUCUCCGCUCGCCUACCACUCCCACGGGCCGGUCGGCCGGCGCCACGCCACCAAGCGGCAAGGCGGCCAAGACUCGGCACCCGCUAAUCGCCUCGGCCCUCCGCGGCCUUAAGAACCUGCGGCCGGCCAAGGCGGGCGGCGGCGUCACCUCCCCGAGCGGCGGCGGCCUGCUGGCGCCGCCCGAGGAGACGCCGGGCCGCCGCCUGUCGGUAGACAGCGGCCGCAGCUCUAUGCGCGUCAGCCGAUCCAGCCAGGGACGCGCUUCCCGCAGCGGCCAGCACACCUGGAGCGGUGGCCAGCGCGCACGCGAGCGGCCCGCUCUGUCGGCCGACACCUUCCGCCGGCCGGGCGCCGGAGGCGGAGGGCCCGGCCGCGCCACGUCGGCCUCGCCAGGUCCUCGGCGGCGCGCCUCCCAGCAGCCAGCAACGAUGGGGCGGCCGCGCCAGGGCGGCAUCCUGGACCGGCUGAUGGACGCGCCAGAUCUGGACGACGACGACAAGGUGCUGCAGCGGAUGGAGGAGCUGCUGCGCCAGUACCGGCCGCACCUGGAGCCGGCUGCCGCCGAGGCCGAGAUGGCGCCACUGUCGCCUCGCGUCACGCCCCGCAAGGAGAGCCAGGGUGCGGCCAAAACGCGCAUUCCGGCGCCGACCUUCUUUCAGCCCCGUGUGGCGUCCGAGCAGCUGCCUUGAGAAGGUGCCCUGCUGCAGGCCGGAGCUCCGGCUCGGCCGCCCGUGUGACUCAGAGCCGCGCGAGCUCAUGGUGAUGACGGGACAGGCACGCUACUGACGCUGAACGGCAGCAGGCUCUACGUCAGCGUUGCUUACACGCGGGUGAAAUGAAUUAUCGUGUAACCAGUAAGAGGCCUGGUGAAUUUUGAUUUGAUUCGACAACUGUUGCCAGAAUUCCCGGCUUCCCGAGAGACGGUUGACAAGGCUGCAGUUGCUGCCGUGUGGGUAAUAUUAACUCGCAUUUUGUGAACACGUUCUUGUCAGCGGCGCUACGUUUUCAGCAAGAGUCGCUGAACGAUGUGCAACGGGCUAUUCCUGGUCGAUAAUAUCCAGUGCGGUGCUCGUGGAUGGUAAAGCAAUGUGCAUUAUAUACUGCAAGCCGCAGCAGUGAUCAUCGCGCAGACCUUGUAAAUUAGUGGCAGCGGCAGCGGUGACAUGCAUUCCGAACAUAGUGUGUUGGAAUCCUUGCUGCACGCUCAAUCCAAAUGAUUGAACGCUUCGCAUCGUGAUGAAUGAAAUAAGUGUCUUUUCAGUGCGCUCGGCUUGGAGGCCGCAAUGCCAGCCCUCCCUGUCACGCGCUUUUUCUCGACGUCUAGGUGGAGCAUGUAUAGAUGCAGCAAAACAUGCCUAGUGGUUAUACGAAACCCCUCUUAAGUACUGUUCGGCGGUGUACGAAAUGCUCUGACGUGCCCCAGCGAUAGCACAUGGAACAUUUCGUCUGAAGCCAUCGACGAACAGCUCGGAUCAAUAGUCGCUAGUUGCGCGUGCCGGGAACUCCCACGUUCUUUGGAGCCACACCUAGAUAUUUAUUGUGCGCUCUGAAUACCUGUGUCGAUUUCCUGCUGUUCUAGGGUAUGAGGCACAACUCCUAUAGCGCAAUGCGGGUACGAGAUGAGCAAGCUAGCGCUGCCAGAGUCCGGUAAUUAUCUGGCACAACUGCCCUCUUUGCCGGCGUUUCGACCGGGGCAGACCAUGCGUGGGCGCGGGCGGACGCUGCAGCCGCUUGUUUAGGGUCGACGCCCACACCGGCAGCGGUGCCUUCUUUGGACCUGAGACCAGUCAAGGAUGAAACGGCGCUUCGCCAUCUGUCCCUAUCCCUUCUGAUCCUUAAUGGCUUCUCUUUCAGCAGAGCACGACUGUUUCUAAUGCUUUCAAGAAUUGCCAUGGCUGAGCACCGAGUGCGAAUCCUUGUAGUGUGAACCCAAUAAAGGCUCUGAGCGAUUGAGGUUCUGAUCCAACGCCUUC